GAAACAGUUGCUGAUUUGUCCCACGUGGCGCAAUCCCCAUUGGCUGAGGGCGAAGCAGUUUGACCUGACUUUGCAGAUUGCUAGACAGAGUGUUCAUGAUCAAAUCUCAGCUCACCGAACCAAACAAACGAACAAAAAUAUAAUAAUCCGUUACGAUUUCGUUCCUUGAUUUCACCCUUUUCCUGCUCUUGUCUUCAGUGUUAUUUGGAUCUCACGAUUCCAUUUCGACGGCGGGGAAGCAGAAUGGUGGGAGACACUGUUUAAAAAAGAACCGCGUUAAGUUGGAUCGAGUUCCGGCAGCCACCCAAUGUCGAGGAGGCCGGUAAAUCCCUCCCGCCGCUACGGCGACAGCGGCAGCGGAGGCGCUCUCUUCAGUUCCAAGUCCCGCUCCCCUCCCUACUUGUCAAUUGCCCUCAUCGUCCUCGGAGGAUUGGCCGUGUUCACUUAUCUCCAUUCCGGAGGUCAGCCGGUUUAUGGUACUAUCUUCGACUCGUUGUGUGUGUUUGCAGAUGAUAGUUCAUGUACAGGAGAGCUACACAGGGCGAUACCAGUGCUGCGGAAGGCAUACGGUGACAUAAUGCACAGAGUAAUGCAUGUUGGGCCUGAUACUUGUUCAGUGGUUUCGGCUUUGUUGAAACAAGAGGAAACUGAGGCAUGGGGUGUGGAGCCUUACGACUUGGAGGAUGCUGAUGUCCAUUGCCGAGCCCUUGUUAGGAAAGGCUUUGUCCGCGUUGCUGAUAUCAAGUUCCCACUUCCUUAUAGGCCCAAAUCCUUCUCCCUUGUUAUUGUCUCAGAGGCAUUGGAUUACCUCUCCCCAAAAUACCUCAACAAGACCAUCCCUGAUUUGGCCAGGGUAUCUACUGAGGGCGUCGUAGCCUUUACAGGGUUCCCAGGUCAGCGCACAAAUAAAGCAGCUGACGUGUCCAAAUUCGGCAGGGCGGCUAAAAUGAGGAGUGCAUCCUGGUGGAAGCGAUACUUUGGCGUAACAAACGUAGAGAUAAACGAAGCAGCGACCAAGAAGUUCGAGCAAGCCGCAACCAAAAUGUCUUACACUCCAAGCUGCCAAAUCUUCCACCUCAAGGCAUACAGCUGAAUGUUUCAGCACUCUAGUUUUUGCAGUACCAUUUUCUCUUAUAUACACUUAGAGGUUGUCUUUCUGGACCAGAAUGGUCACAGACCUUUUUUUUGGUAGUAUGAAUUAAAUCAUUGGUCACUUACCUACAGCCCUUCUAGAUCUUUUGCUCAGACAAUUUCACAUUAUUUGAACGCCGAUAUCCAAUCGAGUUUUGACUUUUGAGUAUAGCAUUUUAUCCCAACUGUUGGGACAUAUAUAGUGGGCGUGGGUCAUGAGUCAUCUAUCUUUUCUAGCUUGGAGGAUGUGAUGUUAUGUGACCUGUCUGUCCUAGUGCUGAAAAUGAUACCUGGCUUGUUCAAUUAUGAAGCCCUAUACGAGAAGCUGUUAUGUUUCAGAAUGAAGGGAUGUUGGUCUGUGAGUUGCACGAGGUUCGGUCGACAGUCGACAGAUGAGUCGACAUUGGGCACGACAUGUUGGGGAGUCUGCGCCAUUACAUGUCAUGAAAGAGACUCUUGGAAGGCUCCCUUCCCACACAACACUAUAUUUGACCCCAAUUAUAAGUGAUGUAUGCUCUAGUUUGUUUAGUUACCCUGGAGUCAAGUGUGUGCAUUCAAUUUUUUAUUUGUAUUUGUAUCAGUAGUAACUACAUAUGGUUCUUCGGUAGCUUGGUGAUGUUAUUACAAUCGAUGCUGAAGGAAG